GCACAGAAACACGUGAAAACUGUUUUGUCAUCCCCUCAUCCGCUUCCACUGAGUAUCGGAAAAAAAUUCUCCCAGGAGCGAAACUCGCGCACAGACUCGACGCGCGCGCACGCGGGACCGGACUCGGGGGAUCGGACGCGUUACCGAGCAACACGUGGAUCUGUGAGCGUGAGCGCGCUACCGGAAGAUGCACGUGGGGAAGAUACUCCUGCGGUUUUGGGUGCCGCCGUGGUGGUGACCCUGAUCGCCGUGCCGACGGCUAUCUACCUGAACGAGAAGAACCCAGAAGAAACCAAGCGGACAUUUACCCUCAAUGACUACUUCAACAGCACCAUCAGAUCCAGAUCAUAUAACAUGCGCUGGAUCUCUGAUCAUGAGUACCUUCACACCACGCGAGAAGAACGGCUCUUACUGUUUAACGUCUCUUCAGAGAUGGGGGAGGACUUUCUAGGAGAGACACUGGGCUCCUUUAAAGCCUUCGAUUACCUGGUAUCAGCUGAUCGCAAGUUUGUUUGUUUUCUGACCAACUACUCGAAGACAUGGAGACACUCGUACACUGCGACUUACCUGGUUUACGAUCGGGAGAACAGGAAGUUGCUUAACACAGAUAUCCCACAUGGGGUUCAGUUCCUCUCCUGGGCUCCGGUCGGUAACAAACUGACGUAUGUAUGGAAUAAUAACGUGUAUAUGAAGUCCAGCCCUUCUUCACCUGCAGAACAGGUCACCACUAAUGGAAGUCCUCUGAUCGUCAAUGGCAUUCCAGACUGGGUGUAUGAGGAGGAGAUGUUUUCCUCCAAUUAUGCCAUGUGGUGGUCUCCAUCCGGAAGGUUCCUGGCCUUUGUCGAGAUCAACGACACAGAGGUGCACAAUAUCGAGUACUCGUGGUACGGGCAGGGACAGUAUCCUGAAACGAUCGUCAUCCCGUAUCCCAAGGCCGGAACCCCGAACCCAACAGUCCGCCUGUUUGUGGUCGACACCAUUAACAGCUUGAGAAUUACGGAGCUCCUGGUGCCAAGCGUUCUCGCCGCACGGGAUCACUACCUGAGCACGGUGACGUGGGCUACAGACAUGAGGAUCGCAGUGCAGUGGCAGAAUCGCACGCAGAGUCACGUUAUCCUGCAGACAUACGAACUCAGCGGCGAGACGUGGAACAGUACGACGGAAAUAUACCUGGAGAGCAAGACGGGCUGGGUCGGACGAUUCUCUCCCGCCGAGCCGGUGUUUAAACCCGACGGCUCCAGCUGUUACUACAUCACGAGCGACUCCAGCGGCUAUAAGCACAUCCACCACAUCAGCGGGGACACGCUCACACCCAUCACAUCUGGACGCUGGGAGGUCACCGACAUCCUCAAGGUCACCAAAGACGCCAUAUUCUACGUGAGUAAUGAACACAACAGCCAUCCAGGACAGAGAAAUGUUUACAAAAUCUCGGUCAACGGAGCGACACAUUCCCUACCUGUCUGUCUCACCUGUACUCUGCUGGAGGAGAGGUGUAAAUAUAACUCCGCCUACUUUAGCACCAACGCCACCUACUACCGCCUGAGCUGCUCAGGUCCUGGAUUGCCUUUGUACACGUUGCGAGACAGUCGAGGUGCUGGUUCAGAGAUCAGGGUUCUGGAGGACAAUAAAAUCCUGGAGUCGAUUCUGCAGGACAUCGAGAUGCCUGGGCAGACGUACGGCACCCUGAAGAUCAGUGGAUUCGAUCUCUGGUACCAGAUGACUCUGCCGCCUCACUUCGACAAAUAAAAAUACCCUCUGCUGAUUGACGUCUACGCCGGGCCGUGCAGCCAGAAGUCUGACUACCGUUUCCGGAUCAACUGGUCCACGUAUCUGGCGAGCACCGAGAACAUUAUCGUGGCCAGCUUCGAUGGGCGAGGGAGCGGUUACCAAGGCGACCAGAUCAUGCACGCUAUCUAUAAGCGACUCGGCACGUACGAAGUGGAGGACCAGAUCACGGCCGCCAGACAUUUCAUCGAUUUGGGCUACGUGGAUAAAAACCGAAUUGCGAUCUGGGGUUGGUCGUACGGUGGUUACGUCACCUCCAUGGCUCUGGGAGCAGGAAGCGGGGUGUUUAAGUGCGGCAUGGCCGUCGCCCCCGUGUCCAAGUGGGAGUAUUAUGAUUCCAUCUACACAGAACGCUACAUGCUAACGCCGCAAGAAAACCCAGACUUCUAUGAGAAUUCCACAGUGACGGGACGAGCCAAGAAUUUCAACUCUGUACAGUACCUACUGGUGCACGGCACAGCUGAUGAUAACGUUCAUUUCCAGCAGGGAGCACAGAUUUCCAAAGCUCUCGUCAACCAGCAAGUGGAUUUCGAGUCCAUGUGGUACACCGACGAAGAUCACAGCCUUGGAGGUUCGGCCUACGAGCACGUCUACGUCCACAUGAGUCACUUCCUGACCAAAUGCUUCGCCUGAUAGACGUCAGACUCAGCACAUAACUCACAUCCUGGAAUUCCGCUCCGGGGACGAGAUGUUUCCUCAAACCACCGAGCAGACCACGCUUUCUUCUCCAGCUUCUGUUUGUGCUACUACAACCCCAUGACCUCUGGGAUUCCCGGCAGCGUUGUGCGUUGCUUAGCGCAGGACGUGAAGCAACUGUUCCUUCACAGUUUCUUCACACUGCUCAGGAUUCCUGUUGUUCUGGGUGUUUUUUUUUUUAAUUUUUUAUUUCAUUCUGACAAAUUAAGCAAAAUUUGACGAGGUGAAAAAUUUGUCUACGGACAAACUAAACUUGAAAGUGUGAUAGCUGGAGCUUAGUUCCUUCCUCGUCAAAUUUAAAGCAAUUCAGUUUCAAUCAUUUAUUUCAAUUUUUUUUUACUUUUUAAAAUGCAAAUGUUUUAAAGACUUUUUAUUUUAUUUUAUUUUGAAUAUUACAUCAGAACAAUAUGCUAAUGACCUUAAGUUCAAUUGUAUUUUUAUGUUUCUUUUGAAUUUUUUUUAAAUAUAUUUAAUUGAAAUGUUUUUAUUUUAUUUUAUUAAAAAAAAUUUAACUUUCUUUUUUUCAGCUUCUUUCGAUAGAAAUAUAAUUUUUUUAUAAUGCGUGUACGUGAUUUAGGGCAUUGAAGUGUAUUCCUGCCUCAGUAACGACAGAAGAUCAUUAAACUAUAAACGUAGUUUGUGAGCCAUUUUGUGCAAAUGCCUCAAUUCUCACUACGAUCAGGAGAUUAAAAAAGAAAAACCAUAUUGCUUGUAAAUUCAUGAGCGGGUGAUUAAAAGUGGAUUGUUUGUGUGUAAUAAAACAUUUCGGUUAUUAUGAA